AACACGUCAGCACUCCAGAAACGAAGGGGAGUGUUGGAAAUAUCUCGAAGGACUUAAGCUCUUGUUGGGCUGAGAAAAGCCCUUGGGAUCUUUCCAGAGACUAAGUCCCAACUGUAAAGACUUGGGGUAGUGCAGCGGAAGUUGAGGCAGUUGAACCCUUGUACUAGUAUGUGAGAACAAGUGAUAAUAAAAAGGCAAACAUACAGCAAUAUAUAGAAGAUAAGAAACAGUUGUAGAGUACAGUUGCAGGAGUCGCACUCCAGGUUUUCGUUGUUGGCGACGGUGAUGACGACGUCGCGGUUGAGCCGUUUCUCCUGUUGCACGAAGCGUCCCGAGGAGCACAUGUGUUGACCGCAGCAGCUGUCCAGGAACCAGGUGUUUCGUCCGGUUGGUUCGGCGUUGGCGACCGCAGCGUACGUCGGAUUGACUUGAAGUCCUUGUGAGCGUGGUGGCGGGAGCUCUUCUUCGUCUGGCGCAUGUUGAAGAGCGCCUUGGGGGACUUGCUUGGGUUGAAGCAACUUGUGGGUCUGCUGGACGGUAAACGCGAGGGCGGUUGCAGUGGACCUUGGAGUGCCCGGAAGUCUGACAGUUGUGGCAGAACGGCGGCACAAAGGUCCAUCUCCUGUUGUUCAGCGUGAAGCUCGGCGCAGAGGUGCAUCUCCGAAAUUCUUCCGUGGGCGCGAAGAAGUGAUCGUGUGGUUCUCCAUUCUGGCCCGAGCCCGGCGAGGACAAGUGUCACGAAGCUUUCUUCAGUGAUUGUUCCUCCGCACCGAAGCAGGCGGUCGCGGAGAGUCUGGCAUCGACUCAUAUAUUGCA